GAAUUUCCUAUUCUGAAUGGCAUCCCUGAUUAUAUAUAUAUAUAAAGAGUAUGACACCAGCAAAGACCAUUCUCCACCCUAGAAUAACGAUCAUGGAGUCCUUUGGUGUUGAAGGUGAAUCCGAAAUACUAAAGGCUAUUUUUCUUCCCCUUAUAACACCCAGUCAUCUGGUCCCUGUGGUGGAGAUAGCCAGGAUCUUCGCCAUGCACGGUGUGGAUGUCACCAUAAUCACCACACCAGCAAACGCUGCAAUUUUUCAAAGUUCCAUCGACCGUGAUUCCAGCCGCGGCAGCUCCAUUCGAACCCAUACUAUCAAGUUUCCACAAAUACCUGGUUUGCCUGAAGGAAUGGAAAGCAUCAAUGCUUCCACUCCUAAAGAUAUGACCUCCAAAAUUGUGGAGGGGAUGUCCAUUUUGGAACUACAAUUCCGACAAGCCUUCCGUGACAUGAAACCUGAUUUCAUAGUCACCGACAUGUUCUAUGUUUGGAGUGUCGAAGUUGCCGCUGAGUUAGAUAUUCCGAGGCUGAUUUAUAUGGGUGGGACUUACUUUGCUCACUGCGCAAUGGACUCUCUCGAAAGAUUUGAGCCUCACAACAAGGUAGGUUCGGAUGAUGAGAGUUUUCUGCUUCCCGGGUUGCCCCACGAGAUCGAGAUGAUACGUUCGCAGCUACCUAUUCGGUUUAGAAACCCGAAUCAUCAGUACGAGUAUUUGAUGAAGGCGGUGAAAGAAUCAGCGAAAAAGAGCUACGGAUCAGUGUUCAAAAGCUUUCGUGAGUUUGAAGGAGUUUACGAGGAACAUUACAAGAAGAUCAUGGGGACUAAGAGUUGGAACGUGGGACCGAUUUCGUCAUGGGUGAACCAAGAUGCUUCGGAUAAGGCUGGUAGGGGACACGCCAAGGAAGAAGAAGAAGAAGAAAAAGGAAAAGAAGGUUGGCUUGCAUGGCUUGAUUCUAAGAAAGAGGAUUCUGUUUUGUACGUGUGUUUUGGUAGCAUGAACAACUUCCCCAGCACACAACUUGUGGAAAUAGCCCAUGCCCUUGAAGAUUCAGGCCAUGAUUUCUUAUGGGUUGUUAGGAAAGUUGAUGAAGGUGAAGCAAAGGGUUUUGUGGAGGAGUUUGAGAAGAGGGUGCAAGCGAGCAACAAGGGUUAUCUAAUAUGGGGUUGGGCACCACAACUUCUCAUUCUGGAGCAUCCAGCCGUUGGAGCUGUGGUGACUCAUUGUGGGAUGAAUACAGUUAUUGAAAGUGUUGAUGCAGGUUUACCCUUGGUGACUUGGCCUCUUUUUGCGGAGCAGUUUUUCAAUGAAAAGUUGCUGGUGGAUGUCCUCAAAAUUGGAGUGCCGAUUGGAGCAAAGAAAUGGAGAGAGUGGAAUGGGUUAGGAGAUGAGAUAGUAAAGAGGGAAGACAUAGGAAAGGCAAUUGCUUUGUUGAUGAGCGGUGGAGAAGAGUCUUUAGAAAUAAGAAAGAGAGCGAAAGCGAUGAGUGUUGCUGCAAAAAAAGCAAUCCAGGUUGGUGGCUCUUCUUACAACAGCUUGAAAGAGUUAAUUGAAGAGCUAAGGUCGUUGAAACUUCAAAAGGUUAAUCGCAAAAUGGAGGAGCCACUGGCGUAGGCGGAUGAAAAUCUUGUGUCUCCUAGUUCUGUCCAUGAUUCCUGUUCCACCCUUUACACCCAACUCAUUUAUUUAGUCACGUCACUUUAAUUUACGUCUGAAGCUAGUAUUGAACAAGUUAUGGGUUAUGUCACUCUUCCGUUUCGUUUUCCUUUUAUAGUUCAAAGCUUCCAUCGAGUUUCUUGCAAUUUUUUAACGUAAUUUUCUGUUUUUUUCUUUCAUAGUUUUGUGAUUCCCGUUAAUUGAAUUCCACCAGCAAAACAAGUCAAAC